ACUGUUGACAUAGUUUUUUUUCCAGAGUUAGUAUUUGAAAGACAAUUUGAAAGAAAAAAAUGAGAGAAAAGUGCUGGUCACGUGGUCUGUAGGAGGGCGGGGCUAAUGGUUCGCUCGAGGAGUUCUUGCUCGAAAAACAUGGACCAAAAGAUUCCGUACGAUGAUUAUCAGCUGCCAGUAGUGUUUCUUCCUUCCUAUGAGAGCCCUCCUGCAUGGAUCCCUCCACAAGAGAGGAUACAUCACCCUGACUACAACAAUGAGCUCACUCAGUUCCUACCUCGCACUGUAGUGUUAAAUAAGCCCCCCGGUGCACAACUGGGCUUCAAUAUCCGUGGAGGAAAGGCCUCCCAGCUUGGUAUUUUUAUUUCAAAGGUGGUGCCAGAUUCAGAUGCCCAUAGGGCAGGACUGCAAGAGGGUGAUCAGGUGCUUUCUGUCAAUGAUGUGGACUUUCAAGACAUUGAGCAUUCAAAGGCUGUGGAGAUUUUAAAGACCGCGAGAGAGAUUUUGAUGAAGGUUCGAUACUUCCCUUACAACUACCAGAGGCAGAAGGAGAGGACUGUACACUAGAUGGCAGAGCUGGCCUUCAUGAUGCAGCUGAUGAGGCGUUGGUGUGCCUGUGAAACCUUUAGCUGCCCUGCAUUAUCUUCCUCCCACUAACUAUUUUCUCUGACUAAGAGACUGCUCAAAGAAAUCAUCUUCAAACACUUUGCGACAUGCCUGGUGAUUCACAGCUUCUUCACCCACAGUGGUGGUUUUGAGCUGUGCCAGUUUUGAAUGCAGCUGGCCGAAUUUUCAGAUACUUUCCCCUCUUCUGUUUUCUCAUUUCCUUUCCUCUGGGAAAAUAAGCAUAUUCUAUGAGAUACACCAUAUUGCCAAAAGUAUUGGGACACCCCUCCAAAUCAUUGAAAUCAGGUGUUCCAUUCACUUCCAUGGCCACAGAUGUAUAAAAUCAAGCACCUAGGCAUGCAGACUGCUUCUACAAACAUUUGUGAAAGAAUGGUUCGCUUUCAGGAGCUCAGUAAAUUCAAGCAUGGUACCGUGAAAGGUUGCCACCUGUGCAAUAAGUCAAUUUUUUAAAUAUCCUCACUACUAAAUAUUCCACGGUCAACUGUUAGUGGUAUCAUAACAAAGUAGAACAACAGCAACUCAGCCACAAUGUGGCAGGCCACGUGUGCAGAAGUACACUUACAUCACCAAGUGCAGUGCAAAGUGUUGGAUGCUGUUGUGUAAAGCACGCUGCUACUGGGUCUCUAGAGCAGUGGAGAUGAGUUCUCUGGAGUGACCAAUCACAUUUCUCUGUCUGGUGAUCUGAUGGAUGAUUUUGGUGUUUGGCAGUUGCCAGGAGAACAGCACUUGCCUGACUAUUGUGCCAGGUGUAAACUUGACUGGCCUGCACAGAGUCCUGACCUCAACCUGAUAAAACACAUUUGGGAUUAAUUAGAGCGGAGAUUGUGAGCCAGGCCUUCUCGUCCAACAUCGGUUUCUAAACUCACAAUGCACUUAUUGAAGAAUGGUCAAAAAGUCCCAUAAACACAUCCCUAAACCAACUACUAAACCAACUCCAUAUUAAACCCUACAAAGUAAGAAUGGGAUGUCAUUAAAGUUCAAGUGCAUGUAAAAGCAGGUGUCCCAGAACAUUUGGCAAUAAAGUGUUGUGCAUAUGAAAAGAAAACAUGGCAGAUGUGUUAUUUAUUAAUUUAAAUUACUAUAGACGUUUGCAUCAUGAUAAAAUUAUGAUCUGCUAUUGAUAUCUUCACUUAGAGGCAUUUAUUAAAUUAAGCUGAUAUUUUGUUUAAUAUAUCAUAUAAUAAUUUAAAAAAUAGAUCUUUAUUUGUGAUUGCUUUUCAGUUUUGUAUUCCAAAGCAAAGCAGAUGUUUAAUGAUUGAUGCCCUGCUGACAAACACAUUUCUGCUGACUAAUUAGUCGUCAUUAAAUCAGUGUGCUCAUGCAAAGUA